GGGAACUUGUGGAGGCAGUGACAGAGGAAGAAAGAAAAUGAAAGAAGGAAGUGCAGAGACCGUGGAGGGAAAAACCCUGAGUCACUUGGCUUCCUGUCUGAAAAAAGGAAGGGGGCGGAGGCAUCUUAGUCAGACAGUUGAAACCAGUGUUAUUUUCAACAUAAUUUGCACUGGGGGGGUGGAGUCGGGUCCUGCUAACUAAAUCCAGUCCAGUGCUUGGGGCCAGCCAUAGCCAUAGUGUUCACUAUUGUGUGCGGCUGAGAGAAGAAGGGGAAAAAAAAGAGGAGGGAGCAGAGGGCGCAAAGAAAGCCUGUCUCUUUGUGUGGGAAGGACUCAGCAGGAAAGUUAUUUUUUGAUUAUCCGACUUUGCCAGCAAAGCGAGGCUCCUCCGCCGGACCGGCGACGUCUCGUUCCGCCCGUGCUGCCUCGCACCCGAGCCACAUGAGCGGCUUUCUCCUUGCCGGCAAACAGCGACACCAGGGCUGCUCCUGAUGAUGAGAGCCGACGUCAGACUGGUUUCCAUGAAUAUUGAUGUGGAGGAUAGUCUGUUUCAUAGAAGAACAGAAGGAGGCAAGAUGGCUGCCCUUUAGGAUUGGUUAAAGAGGAGAUCCAGACGGUUUGUUGGAAUUUCUACAAAGUGGAGGGACUUGAAAAGGAGGAGGGACCGAGGGCAGCCCUGUGGAUGGACUCAGAGCAGGCCAGAUGGAAACAGAACAGGCCAGACAUGAGACGGAAGAAAGUCUGAUACUAGCACAAUUUGGAGCAUCUCACGUCCCUCUUAAACUACAGAAUGGAGGUUCGUCUUCAGAGAGAGAUUCUCUGCAGAUCCCUGGAGGUACGAACUGGAACCAUUUCAAGCCCAGUGUAGGUGCCAACGCCAUGAAAAGGCACAAGGACUGCAACAGCCCCGUGCAAGGGCUGUUCAAUCAAGGAUCCUACAUAAAUGGAGAACUGGUGAAUGGAGAGCUGAAGCAUGCACUCGCUGAGCAGUCCUUACUUCUCCCCCAACCCAAGAAACUCAAAGUAGAUUCUGAGAUUAAAAUCAAUAACAUGAGCUCUACCUUGGUAGACAACUUCCCCGAGUUUGCAAAAGCAACAGACUUUGAAUGCAAAUCCCCACAAACAGAGAUUAAGUUAGACAAGAGGACCAGUAGUUUUCCUAAUGGAGAUAUUUUCUGUCUGUCAAGGAAUAAAGAUUCAAUUCCAAAUGGUGCUGCAUCACCCCCUUCAACCAUUGAAAGCACUCCAGGUGAUCUGUUAGAGAAAACUCUCUCUCAGUAUUAUCCUGAGCAAGUAUCAAUUGCACCGCAAAUGUGUGGUUCAGAGUUGGAUUCCGUCAGUGAUUCACUGGCAAAGCUGCCCACUGAAGGUGCUCAAGCCCCCUCCUUAACCUCAGGAUUGCCCAAUUCAGCCCAAAUGCCUGACUCACAACAGCAGCAGCCUGGGACAUCUGGUAAAGAGGACGGAUGCAACACUUACAACUCUGUCAACUAUGUAGUGAAUGGAUACUCUGACAAUUUUGGAGCAGAUCACCAGCAGCAACGACACCAGACCCAGCAGCAGCCACCACCUUACCCUAAUCACGAGCUGUCUGCGUGUCAGUUGCCUGGAAUGGCCCCACAUGCAAAUACUGCCAAUAGCUCAAAGCAACAUCAGAAUGGCCCACAGUGUUAUACAGAUGACACAACUGCCCAAGGAAUAUAUGCAAAAGGCAAACACGAGUUCAACCAACACUCUUUCCAAAACUGCAAUGCUCCUGUAGAGGCGGCAGGUGGCUAUGGAGUGUUUCCUAAUGCUAAGAAGAUGGAUCCAAGUAAGGACAUUGGACCUGGUCAGCAUCAUCAACACAGCACUGACAAGAGCGAUCACUAUGGGAUUCAACCCUCAGAGAUUAAACAAAAUGCUGGAAACUUCCCUGGUUCUGACAGUGCAGGGCCCAUGGUGCCUAGCACUAAUUCAGAAGAAGUGCCGGAGAACGUGUCCCAGCAGAGGGACGGCUCGUCGGGUCCAACGCCCCACCAGCAAGGCUGGGCUCAUUCCCAGCAGCAAGCACCUUGCGUCCCAUCAUCUCAGGCACAAGCGCAGGACAAGUGGAAGGGGUUUCAGGCUAAGGCCCACUCAGAGCGACAGGCACUUAACUCUCACAGCCAGAUGCUGGAGUCCAAUGCGGCACACAGAUUCCAAAAGCAGGGAGUUUUCAACAGCUUCCAGCACAACACCCCUGAGUGGCAGCACUCAAAUUCUAAAGCACCUCAAAUGCACCAGCAUUUACCCCAGAAAAUGCCAGACCAGUGUAACUUCCCACAGAAUCAGCAGGCAGACAGCCACUACAACCCCCAGAUGCCGUCAGCGCACUUAUCUGAAGACCCUGACAUGCAGGAUUUGAUGACACCCGGGUUUUUAGCAACCCAGCAACAGCAGCAACAACAGCACUGUCACCUUCCACGACCCCAGUCUCACCCACCACAAUUUGAAGAACAGCAGCUCAAAUCUCCCAAUUAUAGACCUCACAGUCAGCCUCAACCAGGCCAGCAGCAGCUUCAACCCAGUCAACCUUCCAGAACUAAUUCCGCUCAGUCCAGCAACCAACAUAUCCAAAACAGUGACCAUGUGAAACUCAGCUACAAUACCGCAACAGAAACGCAACAACAUUGUCCGUAUCCACCAAACUCAGGCAGCAGUAACCUCAAGCAAUUUCAACCACAGCGGCCUAACAACCAAUGCCACCAGCCAAACCACAUGGACUUCCCCCAGACCUCCACACAGUUGCAACCUCACUUAUCACAAGGUGCGUUAAAGCAACAGCUGUCCACACAGAUGUAUCCUAAAGCUGAAGUGCAGCAGAAGGCAUCGUGCGAUCAGCUCCAAAGGGGACCUCUACUACCUCAAGGACCUGCAGGUCCCCAUGGAGACUUUCAGAAGCACACAGCCCUCCGCAUGCACCUCUUACAGAGGCAGGACCGCCAGGGCCUUCCUCCUCAGAGCACUAGUGAUCCUAAACAUCCCCUGAAAGCUGUAAAAAUCGAAGGCGGACCCAGAUUCGAGUUUCCUUGUUCACAGCAGCAGGAGCAGCAGCAGUUGCGAGACACAGGCAUGAGGUGCAUCAAGCAGGAGAAUCCACAGUCUAUGUGUGAGCAAAGCAAAAGGCAGGGGAACAUCCUGGCCUCUAUGGAACACAGCUUGAGGCAGUACCAGCUCUCACCUGUGUUUGAGAAGAAAUCAGUAGCUAUCAAUUCAUUAAAUAAAGUCAAGGUGGAAUCUUCUGGGCCUGUCACCAUUCUGUCAACCAACACUGACUUGGGUGAAGCGGAGUCAUCAGCAGCUGCAUCAGCCACAGUAGCACUGAAGAAACCACCCCAUUCCACCCCGAAGAAAGAACAACUCCUACACAGAUUUGUGGAGUCUCCUAUGAAGCUACUAGAUACUCCUAUAAAGAAUCUACUGGACACCCCCUUGAAAACACAAUAUGACAUUGCAUCCUGUCACUGUGUUGAUCAAAUCUGUGAGAAGGAUGAAGGACCAUACUACACUCACUUGGGUUCAGCACCUAAUGUUGCUGGUAUACGGGAGAUGAUGGAGAAAAGGUCUGGUCUCACUGGUGGAGCCAUUAGGAUUGAGAAAGUUAUAUACACCGGAAAGGAAGGAAAAAGUACACAAGGAUGCCCCAUAGCCAAAUGGGUAAUUCGUCGGUCCAGUGCAGACGAAAAGCUUCUGGUGUUGGUGCGUGAACGUAAUGGGCACACGUGUGAAACUGCUUGCAUCGUGGUGGUCAUCCUGAUCUGGGAGGGCAUCCAACCAAGCCUGGCUGACCACCUCUACAUGGAGCUGAGUGAAACGCUAACAAAACACGGAACUCUCACCCAGAGACGCUGUGCUCUCAACGAGGAGAGAACCUGUGCUUGCCAGGGGUUAAAUCCUGAUGCCUGUGGAGCUUCUUUCUCUUUUGGCUGCUCCUGGAGUAUGUAUUACAAUGGCUGCAAAUUUGCCCGGAGCAAAAUUCCAAGAAGAUUUAAGCUGUUAGGAGAUGAUGUGAAAGAGGAAGAGAAACUGGAGCAAAACUUUCAGAAUCUGGCAACAUUGCUAGGACCAGUAUAUAAAACCUUAGCACCUGAAGCUUAUGCAAACCAGGUGGAACAUGAACACAGAGCACCAGAUUGUCGUCUGGGCCUCAAAGAGGGUCGUCCCUUUUCUGGGGUCACUGCUUGUCUGGACUUCUGUGCCCAUGCACAUAGAGACCUCCACAACAUGCAGGGGGGCAGCACUGUGGUGUGUACAUUAACAAGGGAGGAUAACCGCGAGAUUGGAAAAAUACCAGAAGAUGAGCAGCUCCAUGUCUUGCCACUUUAUAAACCUUCCAACACCGAUGAGUUUGGCAGCGAGGACGGCCAACAGGAGAAAAUCAAGUCGGGUGCCAUCCAGGUCCUUAGUGCUUUCCGCCGCCAGGUUCGCAUGCUUGCGGAACCUGCCAAGUCGUGCCGACAAAAGAAGCUGGACGCUAAGAAGGCAGCUGCCAACAAGAAUGCGAUGCUGGACACCUCUAAUGAUAAGGCAGAGAAAGCCCUCACAGCCAAGGCAAAAGCUGGGGCGCAUGAGAAUGCCGCUCAGAGCACGAUGGCAGGGCCUAUUCCAGGUGCCAUGGGAGCAAACCUGCAGCCAGGUCAGCCAAGACACCCGCUUGGGGCCCAUCCUCAGCAGCUAGGGCACCAGAGUCCUCUCCCCUCUUAUCCCAGCUCACCAAAUGCAGCCAACUUUCCCAGAUUCCCCGGUCACCCUGGGUCUUUUCCAGGCACUUCCAAACCAGGCAGCAUGUAUCCCCACCAGCCCCCAACACCCACCAGCCCGUACGCCUCCCCGCUCCAUGCACCAAAUUCAUACAUUAAUGGAUCACCUCGCCCACACCCAGGUUAUCAGUGUAAUGGAGGAAUGCCCCUUGACAAUUACCACCCAUUCUAUGCUUCAAACCCAAAGCAUCUGGACCUUUAUCGGCAACAACGACCAGUGCUCUACUCAGAGCCACAGUACAGUGUACAUCAGCGUUUUGACGCCAAUUUCCCUCCAAGGUAUAGUGAGCCUGGUUUACAUGUUAAUGGCUACAAUGUCUCCAGCGUGAGGCCAGCUCACCCCAUGAGACCUUAUGGCCCUUACGGCCCUAAUGGAGAGACUCAGUUUAUAGACCCCCUCUCAAGAGCCCCCUCAGCCAAUGGAGUUCUAGAUUAUACAGCUGCUGUGAGCAAAGGAGGAUUCCCUAAUCCAUACCUCUCACGGAGCCAUCCCAUUUUAAGCCCCGGCCAAGAUCCUCUACAUAUGCAAAUCAAGACCGAGAUGGGCCUGUCUGGGCCACAGCUGCUUUCUUCUCAGUUAAGUGCUGGGUGUUUAAACCCUGAAUCGCAGUCAGGGAUAGGUCUGACAAAUGGAGGCCAUCUGGGCUCUGGCAUCAAGCAGGAGCCUGGGACACCACAAACACCCACGACCCCACAAAACGAGCUGUGGUCAGACAACGAGCACAACUUCUUGGACCCUGACAUUGGCGGUGUGGCCGUGGCACCCAGCCACGGUUCAGUACUCAUUGAGUGUGCAAAACGGGAGCUCCACGCCACAACGCCGCUGAAGAACCCAGAGCGUCAACACCCCACACGCAUUUCCUUGGUUUUCUACCAGCACAAAAAUCUGAACGAGGCUAAGCACGGUUUGGCAAUGUGGGAAGCCAAGAUGGCGGAGAAAGCCAGAGAGAAGGAGGAAGACGCGGAAAGGAACGGUGGCGAGGCGACGCCUAGCAAAGGAAGCAAGAAGGGCGUGAAGCGAGAGCACCCGGAGUCAGAGUUCAGCGGGGAGCGUCCGUACAAGCGCUUCAUUCAGGCUCUAAUGGAGGGAUCUCUGUCAUGCACAACAAACACCUAUGUCAGUACAUCCCCUUAUGCCUUCACCAAGGUCACAGGGCCUUACAGCAAGUUUGCAUAGAAACCAAGAAAGAGUUAAGGUGCUUAAUUUAUGGAUAACCACAUGGUUAUCAAAGGCAUAAAAAAAGGAACCUGCGAUCAUCAACUUUCAUAUCGGGUCUUUCACCUCUUUAGCAACAAAGCUUUACUAGUUGACCCUACUAAGGAUGUAUUUAUUUUCCCUUUGGGAACUUUUGCAAGACACACUGUCAGAACCUCUGGUGCUUUUAGUACGAUACACAAGGAGCUAUUUUUACUGGAAACAAAGUUUCAUUCUUGUUGGCUUUAUUUUUCUUGCAAAACUUUGGAGAUGUAAUCUUGUCGUCAAACACUCGUCAAUGAGGACUUUCACGGUGCUAAAUUAUGUGCUUAUUACCAUUUAUUUGAAAUCAAAUGCCUUCACACUAUAACCAUGACACACUCUAUGAGUGACACUCAUUGACCUUGUAACUGGACACUGAAAAUAUCAUCCCACGGUCAAAUCAUUAUCAUAAUAAUGGUCUUUGACGAGUCCAUGUUUCUUAGAGCACUUUUUAUAAUGAGAGUUAAUGUUUUGGUAAUACUUAGAAUUAAUCAAAUCUGGUUACGUUGAGUCGCUACAGUGACAGCAUCACUAGAAUUAAAUUUAUACAGAGGGUUGUAGAAGUGAUCUACAAGUGUGUUCAUGCAAAAAAAAAAGUUUUUUUUUUAACUACCAUCAUGUCGGUGCUUCUUUCGCUUUCCUCUCACUAUACAUCGAGCCAUUCUAAUGGUGCAUUUUAACAGACAAAUGGUGGUAAUUGACUUUAUUCCAGGUUCCUUUUUGUUAUUAGUGACUGUUUUAAUGUCCCUUAGUCUAGGUUACCUGAACAAACCUGGAUUGUGAAUAUUACACGUAGUUUUAUGUCUGUGGUGCUUAGUAAAUGUGCUUUGAACACACUGAGGAACAUGAAACAGGGUAAGCUCAGUGUCAGUUUUGGAAGGCAGCUGAAUUGCUGUGGGGUCUUUAUUGUAAUCUAAUUGUAAGAUAAACCAGUGACAUUUGUACAGUAAAUUAAUUUCCACGUUGGAAUCACUGUUUUAGAUUUUGUGAUGUAUAGAAUGCGAACAGCCUUUUCAUUGUACUUGUGGGGUUUCAACAGAUUUUAUUUCUGAAGGUGCUAUUCAACCUACUAGAAACAUACAAUGUGACUCUUUUGGCAGUGAGAAGGCUUUUAAAUAAUGUACAGUACAAGCUUGCCACAUACCUCAAAACUAGUUUGGCAAUAGAAUUAUAACAGUUUUCUUUCUUUCUCUGUAUAUUAGUCUCAAAGAUGUAAUAACAGUCAAGCUUCAUGCCAUCAGAAGGCAAACAAGUUCAUUUCUUACUUUCUUGAUUUCGAAUCUUCUAGAAAGUAUUACUUGAACUUAAAUCUUUGAUAUUACUGUAAAAUCAGGGACACGUUUCAUUUUCAACUAAUUUUGUGCAUAUUCACCAUCUGCAUUCAUCUUCAGUUUCUUUAUUCAGGGACUUGCCAUUGCCUCCUGAAUCCAUUGAUUCUUGUCUACUAAACAUCACAGAAGAACAAAUUCGUCCCUACUAUCCUCUGCGUGUGCUUUAGGAUAGAGGUACGUGUCUAUAAGUAGUCUGAACAUAUGUGCACUGAGUUGACUAAAGGGAAACUAUGAUUUGGAGGCUGAAGGCUAAAGCUGUGUCUUUGCUUUUUACACGAGGCAAUACCAAGACAGUGAUCAACCCACAGUACAAUUAGAAGUAUUUAUAACCACUAAGCAACUGUAUAAUUAAUUUGUCCCGCCUAUUUGAUUUAAAUAAUGUGCUAUGUAAUGAAAUUCCUCCUGUAGCAACUCACCCCAUUCUUCUACAAAUUCAAUAAUUUCUGAAAGCACUUCAUUUCUUCUUCAGGAAAAUGUGAUAAAGAACUGAAAAAUGUUUUAUUUAAACAAAUUGUAAAUGUGUUGAAAAUAAAUUAUGUCACAUUGUACAUACAAAAAAAUGUAUUACAGGAACACACUCAUUCUUUGAUGAUAUAAAUUCCUCAUGUUCUCUUAUAUUGACCCACAACUCCUCUAUCAGCAUCUGCAAAUCUCCUCAUUUAGCUUAAGAGAACCAUCAUUGUUACAUCAUCCAGGAAGCCUUUACUGUAAAUAUUACCCUGUAUUAGUUGUAUUAGUUGUAGUAUCCUUUCGGCCAGACAAUAGGAGUCCUAUUUUUCCCACGGUUCCAGUUUUGUAAAGUAAAUCUACAUUAAAAUGUUGAAUUUCGUUGUACAGAACCCAGCCACGGUAGCAGGUUGAGCUGAGAAAGUCAAGGUGUCUAAGAUAGAGCGGGUUGAAAGCAUAGCCAUACUUGAAGAUGCUUCAGAGUGUUUGAGUGACUCGACAUUACUUGAAUAACUUCCUGGGCUUAAAUAGUGCAACAUAUGCACUGAGCUCAAUGGUUAAGCUCGCACUUGAUACACGCGGUUUAUUUGCAGUUAGACACUAAAUAAAGACGUGCAACAUUUUGCCUGUAUAUGUAUUUGAAGGCUUUCCUAGUUCUCCUGGGGUUUGGUAGGCUACACAAAUGGAAUUAAGGAUGGGUAUUAAUACUGUAAGUAUUGUAAUGUAUUGGAUGCAGUCUAUUUGAAAGCUGUUUAUUAUAUCAUUCCUGGUAUUGCUGAGAUGUGGGUGUUUUUUUUAAUAAAAUGUAUAUUUAUUUAAAGCUA